AUGCCGCCUACCAAGUCGCUCGCCGAGCUUCAGACGGAGAUCUCGCACCUCGAUGACCGCUACAAACUGGAGCGCAUCAUCGGUGCCGGCUCGUACGGUAUCGUGAUCCGUGCCCGGGACAGCAAAGACGGCAACCGCCUCGUCGCCAUUAAGCGCGUAAACAAGGAAAUCUUCGACGAGGUGAUCCUGGCGAAGCGAAUCCUGCGUGAAAUAAAACUGCUGGCCCACUUCAACGACGACAACAUCAUCGGCCUGCGCAACAUCCUCACCCCCGAAGACCCGGAGAACUUCGAGCACUUCUACAUCGUGAUGGACAUCAUGGAAACCGACCUAAAGCAGGUGCUGCGCAGCGGGCAGGAACUGACAGAGGCGCACAUUCAGUUCUUUAUUUACCAGGCGCUGCGUGCCCUUCACAUUAUACACAGCGCCGGUGUCAUCCACCGUGACAUUACACCGGCCAACAUCCUCGUCAACACGAACUGCGACUUGAAGAUUUGCGACUUUGGACUGGCGAAGGAGGAGAACGACCAGGGCGAGUACAUGACGGAUUACGUGACGAUGCGCUGGUACAGGGCGCCGGAGCUGGUGAUGGAGGACAAGGACUACUCUGUGCAGAUUGACGUGUGGGGGAUCGGCUGCAUCCUCGGUGAGCUGCUCGGCUCCCGCCCCCUGUUUCAGGGCAAGGAUCGCGUGAAUCAGCUGGACAAGAUCGUGGACGUCAUCGGCACCCCGUCCGAGGAAGACAUCAACUCCGUCGGUUCCGGCGCCGCACAGAAGUACUUGAAGAAGAAAGGCUUCCGUAACCCUCCCGACUGGCGCCAGCGUUACCCGAAGGCGUCGCCGGAAGCGCUCGACCUGCUGCGCCGCAUGCUCGUCUUCAACCCGAACAAGCGCGUCACCGUGCUGCAGGCCAUGCGCCACCCCUUUCUUGAGCAGCUGCACGACGACGCCGACGACAACGUCAGCUACACGCUCUUCCGCUUCGAUGAGCAUGAGCAGAAGACGGUGCUGGAUGUGAAGCGCGCCAUCUACAUGGAGAGCGUGAAGUUCCACACCGAGCACCCCUCUUCAAUGCGGGCGACGAGCACGUACAGCGCCUUCACCACGAACACCGCGACUGCCCCGAGCGUGGCGACUGAAGGCGAGGGCCGCUCCGCGCAGCAGACGAUCGCGAAAGCGGAGCCGGAAAGCGAUGAGGAUCAAGACUUCGAUCACGUCUAA